AUGGCCGCUCACGUUGGUCCUACUGCGAAGGAGAGGAAGUACGAUCGCCAGCUUCGAUUGUGGGCUGCCAGCGGCCAACAAGCUCUAGAGGACUCUAGAGUGCUUCUAAUAAACUCCGAUGGCCCAGUAGAUAGCGACAAUCUCGAGGUAGCUGGCGUUGUGGGUGUCGAAACCCUGAAGAAUCUCGUCUUGCCUGGAAUAGGCGGGUUCACCAUUGUUGAUCCCGCAACUGUUUCUGAGCCUGACCUGGGGGUAAACUUCUUCUUGACUGAAGAUAGUCUGGGUAAAUCUAGGGCAGAGGAGACGUGUAAAUAUCUGCGGGAGCUGAACGAGGAUGUCGACGGAGGUUAUUCCUCAAAGCCCAUUUUAGAUUUGCUUAAGGACGAGACCUUUCUCCCACAGCAUCAGCUUGUUAUUGCCUCCGGACCCAUGAAGCAAUCCACGCUCCGAACCAUAUCACAAGCUGCAAAGCGGCUUGAAAUACCCCUUAUUUAUACACACUCGGUAGGAUUCUACGCAUCGUUUUCACUACAACUCCCACCCGUUUUCCCUAUAGUCGAAACCCACCCCGAUGCCAGCUCCACCGAAGACCUUCGCCUAACGAAUCCAUGGCCAGAGCUCGCGGAGGUAGCUAAAAAGGCAGAAAACCUGGAUAGCAUGGACGAUCACCAGCAUGGGCAUGUUCCCUAUCUAGUACUGCUGCUGCACUUUCUUGAAAAAUGGAAGGCCAGCCAUGACGGACAGUGUCCUCAGAAUUAUCGGGAGAAGUCUGAGUUCCGGGACAUGGUUCGAUCAAUGGCCAGAACUAAUAACUCAGACGGCGGCGAGGAAAACUUCGACGAGGCUGUGGCCGCUGUUUUAAAGAGCGUCGGGCCCUACUCCUUAAGUAGUGACUUGCGGGCUGUUUUUGAAAUGGACCAUUGCUCACAAUUAACAAGUAACUCGGCUAGUUUCUGGAUAAUUGCGUCCGCAAUUAAGGAGUUUUAUAAUAAGCAUGCCGUUUUGCCAUUAUCGGGAUCGCUACCGGACAUGAAGGCCCAGUCUGCAGAUUAUAUCUGGUUACAGAACAUUUAUAAAUCAAAAGCACGAACCGAUGCAGCCGAAGUUGUGGCCACUGUUCGAAAGCUCGAGGAUAAACUACGAGGCGGCUCGGGGGAGGCGACUAUAUCCGAAAAGGAGAUUGAAACCUUUUGCAAGAACGCAGCCCAUAUUAAAGUGAUAAGGGGCCGUGAUAUUCCCAUCCUACCCCUAAAGGGUACAGCUGAGGACACCCAACAAACAAUCAAAACAAUUAAAAGUAGCCUUCAAAACCCCGACUCGCUUAUUCCUAUCUUUAUCGCUCUCGCUACACUCGACGGCCUGGUGACAGAAUUUCAAGAAACCAGCCCUUCAACAACGACAGAGGGGCCAUCGUAUCUCGAAACCUCUGGGAAUUGGGCCAUGAUGCUUUCCAAGCUUCUCGCUAGCCUCGAACUAGACGGUAUUGGCGGCGAGGGUACUGACGAAAGCGAGGCAGAGAUGAUGACGCAGAUCAAGUCCGUUGUGUCAGAAGUACAACGAGCAGGAGCUGGCGAGCUCCAUAACAUUUCCGCCAUGGCGGGAGGGUGCGUUGCCCAGGAAGCUCUCAAAGUGCUCACUAGACAAUAUGUGCCGCUUGACAAUACCUUUCUGCUAGACGGGAUCUAA